AUGGAUGAGAAAACUCUUUAUUUAGCCUUAUCACAAAUCAAUAUGGAUCAAGAACUGCUUAUUGGUAGUACUUGGAUCGAUGUUGAAGUCAAUGCAGGUCAGAAAUCGAAAGUUUUUUUAGUCAUCACCGAAUUCAACUUAUAUCUUUUCAAUAAACAAGAAGGCAAAGAAGGGUUAGAUAUAAUCGGCAUUUAUUCCUUUUUCGACAUUAAAAGUCUCGAAUUUAUUCAUGCAAACUGUUUUACUUUAUCUUUUGCAGAUAAGAACUUCAAAUUCUUUGGAGAUGAUAUAGGAUAUAUUCCAGAUUUGAUAUCAAAACAGAUCCAUCUGAUUUUGUUACCAAUAGAAAUUCCAAUUAUUAAAGGAAAGAAAGCAAUGACAAGCCAAGGCAAACGAACCACACUUAGCAAGUCAUCUGUACUCAUAAGACUUAGAGGCAAACUGAAGCUUGCCAACCGUUAUCCGCCUCAACAAUUUAUUGAUGAUAUGCAAGCAUAUCUGAAAACAGAUCCGUCCGAAUUCGAGUUCAACAAUUUCAAAGACAUUGAUAAUUACAUUGAUAAUAUUCUCGAAGCUGUCGAAAUUGAACCAAAAAUCGAAACUUUGAAUUUUACAGGGAAACAAGUACUCAAUCAUUGGAAUAACUUAUCUAUAUUUAUUCGAAAUAAUACUACAAUUCAGAAAAUUGUGAUUUCAGAAGAAAUUAACCGAGGAUUUAUCGAUUUUUGCUCAUCUUUAGCAAAAAACGCCAAUUCGAAGCUUAAAAAGAUUGAAUUCAAAGAAGUCACUUUUAAUACAGAGCAUAUUGAGGCUCUAGACCGAGCAAUUCAAAAACAUCCCUUUAUUUACCUUUCUUUUGACAAAUGCAACUUUUCGGAGUCAGCUGGGAAGUUAUCGAAUUUAAUCAUCAACAAUACAGAGAAUUCCGUCAACUUAAAUUCGAUUUUUAUGUCAUCAAUAAAUUUAAGUAAAUCGGACAUCCAAACUGCCGUUCACAGAUUGAACUACGUAUCAUUACGAGGUUGCUGCUUAGAAUUGGCUUCACUUUUUGAAAAUUUCAAAAAUUCAAAUUUAAUAAUGGCUGAUUUCUCAUCAAAUCGAUGCACUGUACCAAUCAACACAUCAGUCUCAUUCCCAGCAUCACUGAAACACCUCUGUGUUAACGAUAUAAUGUGGUCAAGUUCGAGUUUGACUUCAAUUUUCUUGGCAACGACGGAUUGUGAUGAAUAUUUAUCGUUAUCGGUAGCUAAUUGCCAAAUGUUGGAAGACGAUUGGAAUUCAUUCUUCAGUUCCAUUGAAUUUUGUGGAGAAUCAAAAAUUACUUCGUUAUGCUGGGCAAACAACCCGUUACAUUACAAAUUAUUCAAGUUUAUAAGUAAUUCUAGGAAUAUAGAGUAUGUUUCUUUCUCAGGAUGCCAAAUUCCUUCGGAUGGCUCGAUUCAAAAAUUUAUUUCAACCUGCAACAGCCUGAAAUACUUAGAUCUACACGGAUCUGCUAACUACAAGUUAGGAUAUGAAGCAUUUUCAUUGUUGCAGAGGAUUUUGAAAUCAAAAUUAGAAUAUAUUGAUUUUUCAAAUAAUAAUUUGGAUUCUAGGUUCAUUCCAUUGAUAACAAAGCUAUUAGAAUCUAAUACAAUCAAGUUCUUCCUAUUUGACGCUGCAAAUUUCGAUCAAAAUUUCAUAUCAGAUUUAAUGAAGCAAUAUAAGAAUAAAAUACAGCGAUCAAAUCUGAAAGAGAUUGAUUUUGAUGCGUUCUUGAGGACUUCCACUAAGCUAUUCUCAAUUGAUGGCUGUAAUUUCGAUAUUCAACUUUAUUUUUCGGAUUCUGACCUAGAAAUUCCGAAAGAUUCUCAGUACAAUAAUGCCCCUGCAGCAUAUCUACAAGGUUCUGACUACUGGGAUGUUCUAAAAAUCGACCAACUCCAGAAAAGAUAUUCGAACUCAGAAAAACAAGUAAUUUCAUGGGAAUUCAACUUACCAGAGAUGAAAGACUUCGACAUUCAGUCAUUUACUAAGGAAAUGGAAAUUUCUUUCGAAUUAGAAACACUUAGUAAUAAAUUAAUGGAUUAUUGGUAA